AUGUGUUUUCAGCCUCCUGUCUCAGAUGACCAGUUGUGGGCUUUGCUGAAGGAUCACAAAAAGAAGGCUGAAGAAGGGUAAGGCACUAAUUGUUGGAGAAAUGUACAAAUUGUGGGGCAAAAAGAUGCAGGGUCACCAUAAGGUUAGGAUGGGAAAAUGGCUUUCAAAUAGUUUGUUAAGAAACGUGUGCCUUGCUUUAGUUUCAGAAUUUGGGUAAAUAUUAUUGGCUGGCUUUUUGUUGAUCAGAGCGCUCUUCUUUUUUUUUCUGUAGCUUAAAUAUUCCUGACGUGAACAUCAAACAGGUGGAGCAUCUGAUGGUAAUCAACACUAUUCUUUUUUAUCCAUUACAAUCAUUUUGAUUAUUCACAAUCCAUCAAAACGAUUGUAUUAUUUUAUAUUUGGCACAUCAUCCUGACCUUUCUUCAGCUGGAUUGUACUUUUGUGUCAUUUAAAUGAUUCAUUCUGUCAUCUUACUUGUCAGCCCUGUUACUAAAGUCCUGAUCUUCACGAUCCAUUAAUAACUUUUAUUGGUUCCAAUCCAACUUUUUUUUUUUUCAUUUGUUUGUGUGUUUGUUUUGUUUUGUUUUUAAUGAAAAUGGGUUUUCAUAAAAGUUAGAACUUUUACACUUUUUCAGUUUGACAGGAGUUUGAACUUUAUGAAAUUUGUGGCACAUCCAACUGCAGUAGUUCAAUGAUACAGUAUGUUUAUAGGUUUUUUGGAUUAAAUUCAAAUUUGGUCACUUAUGUGAAAUAACUUUCUACAUAUAAAAAGUGUUAUUUACUUUUUCCUUUAAUUGGUUUUGCUAAAUACUGAGUCUCCCACUCCAAGUUGGAAAUAUUUGGGUAUUUAUUUGAGAGGUUUUAAUCCUUGUUCUAAACAUUCUUUGUUGGGGUCCAACUGAUCUUAUUUUAAUAAUCAUCUGAUUUCUACUCAGAUCCAGAUGAUUAACUUCCCUCUUAAAAUGAUUGUUGUCUUUGUUUGUUCAUGUGGUUUCAGCCUUCCAUAUCUCACUAUAAACUGUGGCUGUGGUUGAAGUGUCAUAAAUUGGGAUCUUUGACAAGGUAUGAAAGUUUUCUUACAGUAAGAGAAUUGAAGUUUCUACAUUGAAGUGCGAAAGAGUCCUGGUCUAUUUAAGAACUGAUGAAAGAUGCUCUCAUGUCUUCAUCUGUAGUUUACUGCAUUUACCCAUCCCUGAUGAGGAUCUGAAAAAACUGGAGAAGCUCAAGGUAAUCAUUUUUUUUUUUUCCAUUUCAACCAAUAUGUUACUUUUUACAAUUUAUUAUUUUUAAUUCUCUCAAAGAUAGAAUACUAUUGGAUCUAUGUAGGAGCUCAUCACUUUGCUUUGUUGGUUUAUGGGUUUUCAGCCUUCUGUCUCAGAUGAUGAGCUGUGGGCUUUGCUUAAAAGUCCCCCAAAGAGGAAGCCUGAAGAAGGGUAUGGAACCAGUUCCUUAAUCAAAUUGCUUAUCUGAAGGGUUAAGGUUAACCUGGGGUUACCUUAAGAUUGAGAAUGUAAUUGUUGUCCGAAAGGUUUGUGCUCUGUUUGAUAAAAGCGUGAUGUGCUACUUUUCAGCAAUGACAUUGUUCUGUUGUCUUUUGCUGUAGUUUGAAGAUUCCUGACAUGGACAUCAAACAAGUGGAGCAUCUAGCGGUAAAUAGCUCUUUUCCUGUUUACUUAAAAUCAUUCAUGUUCACUUAGGCUACAAAGCAAAGAUCGACAUAUUUGGACAGAUUUAGAGUGAUCCAAGGUCAAUGUUAUUCAAAAAGAAUGUCAUCUUUGAUUUGAUAGAAGAAUAAAUAUCUUACCUCACAACUCAUCCCAUCUUCACCUAUUUAAUUGUAUUUCUUGUCGGGUCUCAGCCUUCACUACCCCAGCACUACUUAUGGACAUGGUUGGCGCACCAUCAUUUGGCAUCCUUGGGAAGGUAUGAAAGCUAUUUCCAAGUAUUAAAAACAUAGUUUUUUGUUAUUUGAACAAAGUAAAUGAAUUAAAGCUGUCUAACAAGAUGGAAUGAUUUGGUUUGUCUCAAGUAUUAUAAAAAAGAAGUGAUUGUCAUUUUUUGAAGUUGAUUAAAUGUUCUGUAUUUUCUGUAGUUUGCUGCAUUUACCCGUCCCCCAAGUGGACUUAAAACAACUGGUGACACUCAAGGUGAUCAUGGACUUCUUGUUACCUGAUUUUGUUUUCAAUUAUUCUGAGUCAGUUUGAAGCAAUUAAUGGAUAUAUGUGCCUUGACUUGUGCGUAAAACUUGCAUCUUAUAACCACUUGUGGAAAAAGUUAUUAUGCCCAUGGUUUCCAAUGGUUGUGGACAUUUGUUUGUCCAAUCCAUGGGACCUGCUGUAUCACUGCAUUUUUAGUUGUUUGAUUAAAAUUUUCAUCAAUCUGCUUGGUUUGUUUAUGGGUUUUCAGCCUCCUGUGUCAGAUGACGAGUUGUGGGCUCUGCUUAAAAGUCCCCCAAAAAGCAAGCCUGAAGAAGGGUAUGGAACCAUUUUCUUAUUUAAAUGGCUAAACUGUAGGAUUAAGGUUACACGGGCGCACCUCAAGAUUCACAAUGUAACUGUUGUCCAAAAUGCUUGUGCUCUGUUUGAUAACGGUGUGAUGUGCUGCUUUUUGGCACUGACAUUGUUCUGUUGUCUCUUGCUGUAGUUUGAAGAUUCCUGAUGUGGACAUCAAACAGGUGGAGCAUCUAGCGGUACAUAACUCUUUUACUCUUUUCUUUAAUAAUCACAUUUCCACUAGAUGACAAUCUAAAGAUAUACAUACUGAGACAAGAUUUGCGGUCAAGGAGAAUCCAUGAUUUUCAAACAUAAUGUCCCCUUUGAUUUGAUAGCAAACAACAUGGCGUACCACACAAUUCAUCCCACCUUCUCCUAUUUGAUUGUAUUUCUUGAUGUGGUUUCAGCCUUCACUACCCCAGCACUACUUGUGGACAUGGUUGGCACACCAUCAUUUGUCAUCCCUAGGAAGGUAUGGAAGCCAUUUAUAAUUAUUAAAAACAUAGUGAAUGAAUUAUAGCUGUCUAACAAGAUGGAAUGAUGUGGUUUGUCACUGGUAUUUUACGAAGAAAGGAGUGAGUGUCAGCUUUCAAAGUUGAUGACAAUGCUCUGCGUGUUUUUCUGUAGUUUGCUGCAUUUACCCAUCCCCCAAGUGAACUUGAAACAACUGAAGAAACUCAAGGUGAUCAUGGAAUCCUUGUUACCUUGUUUUUGCAUUUUCUGAAUCAGUUUGAAGAAACACUUAUGAACACAUGCUUUGACUUGUGUGCGGACCAUGCAUCUUAUAACCAGUUGUGGUGAUUGUUCUUAUGCCCAUGGUUUCUGAUAGUUGUGGACAUUUGUUUGUCCAGUUCAUGGGACCUGCAGUAUUACUGUGGUUUAGGGUUUUUGAUGAAGCCCUUCAUAACUCUGCUUGUUUUUUUUUAUGGGUUUUCAGCCUCCUGUCUCAGAUGACGAGUUGUGGGCUUUGCUUGAAAGUCCGAAGAAGAGGAAGCCUGAAGAAGGGUAUGGAACUAUUUCCUUAAUCAAAUUGCUUAUCUGAAGGGUCAGGGUUAAACAGGGGUACCUCAAGAUUCAAAAUCUAACUGUUGUCCAAAAGGCUUGUGCUCUGUUUGAUAAAAGUGUGAUGUGCUACUUUUAGCAAUGACAAUGUUCUGUUGUCUUUUGCUGUAGUUUAAAGAUUCCUGAUGUGGACAUCAAACAAGUGGAGCAUCUAGCGGUAAAUAGCUCUUCUUUUUUUUUUUUUGUUAAAAACAUUCAUGUUCAACUAGGCGACAAUCUAAAGAUUGAUAUAUUUGGACAGAUUUGGAGUGAUCAAAGUUAAUGUUAUCCAAAAAGAAUAUCAACUUUGAUUUGAUAGAAGACAACAUUGCUUACCAAACAACUCAUCCCAUGUUCUCCUAUAUGAUUGUAUUUCUUGAUGUGGUUUCAGCCUUCACUACCCAAGCACUACCUGUGGACAUGGUUGAAGCAUCACAACUUGGCAUCUUUGGGAAGGUAUAAAAGCUUAUUUCCACAAAGUGGAUGGACUGAUAAUUGCUCUUAUUGGAAUAAUUGAGUGAUUGUCUGCUUUCUGAGUAUAUUAGAAAUACUUCUGUGUCUUUUUUCCUGUAGUUUGCUGCAUUUACCCAUCCCUCAAGUGGACUUGAAGCAACUGGAGAAACUCAAGGUAAUCACUAAUCGUUUCUCAUCCUGUUAAUCCCAACGGUAUGUUUGGCUGUAAAGGAAAAAAACACAGGCUUUAGAUUUGUCUUUUUUUAUCGGUUAGGCUGAAAGUUCCAAACAAAUUCUGGUCUUAUUGUUUGGGGUUUUUUGUUUUUUUUAAACUAAUACUAUUUUUGGACCUCAGGAUUUCUGUUUGCUAGUUAACCAAUAUGUCUUCAUAAUAAUCUGUGAAAAUGUUUUUGAUCUGAACCACGAAAACAAUCUGUGGUCCAAUUGAGUUUGUUUAUUUCUCUUGUUGAGUUUACACUUGGAACCAGAUGGUUAGGGUCAGGGGUUUUCUUUGAAAUGAAUGAGAUUUAAAAGCUUGUGUUUUUUUUGUUCUUUUUUGAAUUAGGUAUGAUUAAUAAAAUAGUAUUAUUUCUAUUAGCAGGAUAACAUUUGAUUUCUCUUGGAAGCAGAGUAUUUAUUGUUUGUCAGAUGUAGCAGUACAUCAGUCUGAAUGGUUUGUUCAUGUGUUUUCAGCCUCCUGUCUCAGAUGACCAGUUGUGGGCUUUGCUGAAGGAUCACAAAAAGAAGGCUGAAGAAGGGUAAGGCACUAAUUGUUGGAGAAAUGUACAAAUUGUGGGGCAAAAAGAUGCAGGGUCACCACAAGGUUAGGAUGGGAAAAUGGCUUUCAAAUAGUUUGUUAAGAAACGUGUGCCUUGCUUUAGUUUCAGAAUUUGGGUAAAUAUUAUUGGCUGGCUUUUGUUGAUGAGAGCGCUCUUCUUUUUUUCUGUAGCUUGAAUAUUCCUGACGUGAACAUCAAACAGGUGGAGCAUCUGAUGGUAAUCAACACUUUUCAUUUUUAUCCAUUACAAUCAUUUAGAUGAUUCACAAUCCAUCUAAACGAUAUUAUUAUUUCAUAUUUGGCACAUCAUCCUGACCUUUCUUCAGCUGGAUUGUACUUUUGUGUCAUUUAAAUGAUUUAUUCUGUCAUCUUACUUGUCAGCCCUGUUACUUAAGUCCUGAUCUUCACGAUCCAUUAAUAACCUUUAUCUGUUCCAAUCCAACUUUUUUUUUCAUUUGUUUGUGUGUUUUGUUUUGUUUUUAAUGAAAAUGGGUUUUCAUAAAAGUUAGAACUUUUACACUUUUUCAGUUUGACAGGAGUUUGAACUUUAUGAAAUUUAGGGCACAUCCAACUGCAGUAGUUCAAUGAUACAGUAUGUUUGUAGGUUUUUUGGAUUAAAUUCAAAUUUGGUCACUUAUGUGAAAUAACUUUCUCCAUAUGAAAAGUGUUAUUUACUUUUUACUUUAAUUGGUUUUGCUAAAUACUGAGUCUCCCACUCCAAGUUGGAAACAUUUGGGUAUUUAUUUGAAGAUAUGUCAUAUCAGAGGUUUUAAUCCUUGUUCUAAACAUUCUUUGUUGUGGUCCAACUGAUCUUAUUUUAAUAAUCAUCCGAUUUCUACUCAGAUCCAAAUCAUUAACUUCCCUUUUAAAAUGAUUGUUGUCUUUGUUUGUUCAUGUGGUUUCAGCCUUCCAUAUCUCACUAUAAACUGUGGCUGUGGUUGAAGUGUCAUAAAUUGGGAUCUUUGACAAGGUAUGAAAGUUUUCUUAAAGACUGUAAGUGGAUUGAAGUUUCUACGUUGAAGUGCAAAGGGUCCUGGUCUAUUAAAGAACUGAUGAAAGAUGCUCUCAUGUCUUCAUCUGUAGUUUGCUGCAUUUACCCAUCCCUGAUGAGGAUCUGAAAAAACUGGAGAAGCUCAAGGUAAUCUUUUUUUUGUUGUUUUUUUCAUUUCAACCAAUAUGUUACUUUUUAUAAUUUAUUAUUUUUAAUUCUCUCAAAGAUAGAAUACUAUCGGAUAUAUGUAGGAGCUUAUCACUUUGCUUUGUUGGUUUAUGGGUUUUCAGCCUUCUGUCUCAGAUGAUGAGCUGUGGGCUUUGCUUAAAAGUCCCCCAAAGAGGAAGCCUGAAGAAGGGUAUGGAACCAUUUCCUUGAUCAAAUUGCUUAUCUGAAGGGUUAAGGUUAACCUGGGGUUACCUUAAGAUUGAGAAUGUAAUUGUUGUCCGAAAGGUUUGUGCUCUGUUUGAUAAAGGUGUGAUGUGCUGCUUUUUGGCACUGACAAUGUUCUGUUGUCUUUUGCUGUAGUUUGAAGAUCCCUCACAUGGACAUCAAACAAGUGGAGCAUCUAGCGGUAAAUAGCUCUUUUCCUGUUUACUUAAAAUCAUUCAUGUUCACCUAGGCUACAAAGCAAAGAUCGACAUAUUUGGACAGAUUUAGAGUGAUCCAAGGUCAAUGUUAUUCAAAAAGAAUGUCAUCUUUGAUUUGAUAGAAGAAGAAAUAUCUUACCUCACAACUUAUCCCAUCUUCUCCUAUUUGAUUGUAUUUCUUGUCGGGUCUCAGCCUUCACUACCCCAGCACUACUUAUGGACAUGGUUGGCGCACCAUCAUUUGGCAUCCUUGGGAAGGUAUGAAACAUGUUUCCAAGUAUUAAAAACAUAGUUUUUUUUUUGUUAUUUGAAAAAAGUGAAUGGAUUACAGCUGUCUAACAAGAUGGAAUGAUUUGGUUUGUCUCAAGUAUUUUAAAAAAAGAAGUGAUUGUCAUUUUUUGAAGUUGAUGAAAUGUUCUGUAUUUUCUGUAGUUUGCUGCAUUUACCCGUCCCCCAAGUGGACUUAAAACAACUGGUGACACUCAAGGUGAUCAUGGACUUCUUGUUACCUGAUUUUGUUUUCAAUUAUUCUGAGUCAGUUUGAAGCAAUUAAUGGAUAUAUGUGCCUUGACUUGUGCGUAAAACUUGCAUCUUAUAACCACUUGUGGAAAAAGUUAUUAUGCCCAUGGUUUCCGAUGGUUGUGGACAUUUGUUUGUCCAAUCCAUGGGACCUGCUGUAUCACUGCAUUUUUAGUUGUUUGAUUAAAAUUAUCAUCAAUCUGCUUGGUUUGUUUAUGGGUUUUCAGCCUCCUGUCUCAGAUGACGAGUUGUGGGCUCUGCUUAAAAGUCCCCCAAAAAGCAAGCCUGAAGAAGGGUAUGGAACCAUUUUCUUAUUUAAAUGGCUAAACUGUAGGAUUAAGGUUACACGGGCGCACCUCAAGAUUCACAAUGUAACUGGUGUCCAAAAGGCUUGUGCUCUGUUUGAUAAAAGUGUGAUGUGCUGCUUUUUGGCACUGACAUUGUUCUGUUGUCUUUUGCUGUAGUUUGAAGAUUCCUGAUGUGGACAUCAAACAGGUGGAGCAUCUAGCGGUACAUAACUCUUUUACUCUUUUCUUUAAUGAUCACAUUUCCACUAGAUGA